AUGGAGGCACCGAACUGUAAUGGCCUCAAUGCAACGGAGUGCCUUCUACGCGUUACAGCUAGCAUACUCGACCAGCUGAGGGAGGAAAACCGCGACUUCAAUUGGGAUCCGGCCAGCUUUGUGGUGACCCUCGUUAUCGGUAUCAUCGCAGCUGCUUUUGCUUUCUUUGCCAUUAUCCAGGGCUUCUUGGCCGCUGGCCCGGGCAGGCAUAAAUGCAGCAAAUAUGCUAUUGGUACUUGGGCCCGUCUCUCUAAGCGUCAUUUUGACUGGUCUGAGUUGCGUUAUCGUUCAAUUGCGCAAACCCCGGUUAUCAGUGCCGCAAGCCUGAUCGAUAAAAUAGUAUUCAGGGGCGGUCUUAUUAAGUGGCGGGAGAGUCAUUCAGACUGUUGGGACGACGAUCAACUAUUUUCAAAGCUCAAGCACGACCAAAAAGACACUUCAGAUUAUUUCCCAGCAACAUGGCUCAAAUUAUUGACUUGCACCGGACUGCAUCACCCAGAGUUAUGGAGGAAAAAGCCGCAAGGGACGGACUACUUGCCCUCCGACUUAGCAGCCGCUCCUGCAUAUUCCACUGUUGCUGAUUUGGUAACUAUUGCAUCAAUCGCAGCUGGCACAGUAUGGUUCGGUCAAAGUGGCCAAAGUACCGGUGACGAGGCUUCUAUGCAGGGGGAAUAUAUCGAUGUCAAUUUUCGAAACCAUCCACUUCUAGGCUUUGAAGAGUUUUGA